AUGCUGGAUAAACUGCCCACAGAGAUCGUCUCACAGAUCCUUAUAAACUACUGUACUCAGCAGGAUCAGUAUCAUUUGAUGUUAACGUGCAAAUCAACGUACCACGCUACAAAUGAGCACUACCAUUCCCAUUUCAAACCUCGGCCAAACCUGAUCUGCUGGGAUAAUCCUGUUCAUCAUGAUUACCACUACAAGCACCUCCAGAACGUUUGGAGGUUUAAGAAAUCACAACAUUGCUCAACAAAUAACUACUUUGAGCAUAAAGGUAGAUAUAGAAUACUAAGUGAUGAAUGGACCAGUGAAAAGUCCAAGCUUUGA